AUGGAUCCCAAUCUUCCCGAGGAGUAUGAGACGAGACGAAAGGGUUCAGAGGACUCGGGCGAUGAAGCAGCUCUUAUCAAGGACGAUGAUGAAGAUGAAGAGGAAAACUCUCCUUACCCAGAAGUCAGAGCCGCAGUCCGAAACUACGACGAGGACCUCCCGUGCAACACAGUCAGGGCCUGGACCAUCGGCAUGCUCCUCGUCGUCCUGGGCGCCUCGAUGAACACCCUCUUCUCCCUCCGCCAGCCCUCUAUCGGCGUCGGACCGCUCAUCGCCCAGAUCAUCGCCUGGCCGAUGGGCCACGGGUGGGCGAGGUUCGUCCCGGAUAGGGAGUUUACCACGUUUGGUGUUAGGUGGACGCUCAACCCGGGGCCGUUCAACAUCAAGGAGCAUGCCAUUAUUGUCGUCAUGGCUAGUGUUUCCUUUUCGGUUGCCUAUGCUACGGAUAUUAUCCUGGCCCAGCUUGUCUUUUAUAAGCAGAAUUUUGGCAUUACGUUUCAGCUCCUGUUGACUAUUUCGACGCAAUCGGUGGGAUAUGGGAUUGCAGGCAUGCUACGCAAGUUCUUGGUGUACCCUGCCUCUAUGAUAUGGCCCGAGAACCUCGUAGGCGUCACCCUCAUGAACGCCAUGUACGAGAGAAACGAUGCGCCAGAUCCCACCAUCAUCGGAGGCACCAUGCACCGUUACAAGUGGUUCACCAUCGUCACAGGCUGUGCCUUUGCCUACUACUUCAUCCCGGGCUUCCUAGCCCAGUUUCUGAGCAUCUUUGCUGUUGCCACCUGGCUGGCGCCUCAGAAUCCCGUCGUGAAUCAGUUGUUUGGAGGUCAGACGGGUCUGUCACUUCUUCCUAUCACGUUUGACUGGACGCAGGUUGCGGGCUACGUGGGCUCACCACUCAUUCCGCCUUGGCAUGCUAUCGCCAACACCCUCAUCGGAGUUGGCACAUUCUUCAUCGUGCUCUCGUCGUUUCUUCACUACGGCGGAGCGUGGUAUGCUGAAUACCUUCCAAUGAGUGACUCGAGCACAUACGACAACACAGGAGCUCCGUACAACACGACUCGCAUUCUAACGCCCGAGUUUACUCUAGACGAGGAAGAGUACAAGAGCUACUCGCCCCUAUUCAUCAGCACCACAUUUGCCAUGUCCUACGGUCUAUCCUUUGCCGCUAUAUCAUCCCUCGUCGUGUACACCUACCUGCACAACGGAAAACAGAUCUGGCAGCAGUGGAGGAACAGUACUAAAGAGAAGCCGGAUAUCCAUAUGAAGCUCAUGAACAAGUACAAGGAAGCUCCUACGUGGUGGUACAUGUCUCUCUUUGCUAUGCUUCUCAUUGGGUUCUACACUGUUCUCGGGUUCCCUACAAACCUCAGUUGGUGGGCGUUCCUGUUGGCUAUUGCCAUCUCGUUUGGCUUUGCUCUGCCGAUUGGCAUUAUUCAGGCUGUUACAAACACUCAGAUUGGACUCAACGUCUUGACCGAGUUCAUCUAUGGCUACAUCCAGCCGGGUCGUCCUCUGGCACUGAUGAUGUUUGUAGAUAUCUCUGACCGUCACAGGGCUCAAUCCCUCCGCUUCGUCUCUGACCUCAAGUUCGGUCACUACAUGAAAAUCCCGCCUCGAACAAUGUUUCUAACCCAGGUCGUGGCCACGACCUUUUCAUGCUUCAUCCAGAUCAUAGUCUUGAACUUGGCUCUGAACAAUAUUGAGGACGUCUGUGAGCCACAUCAGGCUGACCACUUUACAUGCCCUGGCGGCCGCGUCUUCUUUGCUGCCUCCAUCAUCUGGGGUCUCCUCGGCCCUGCCCGCAUGUUCUCCCCCGGCCAAGUCUACUCGGGCCUUUUCGCCUUCUUCAUAGUCGGCGCCAUCACGCCCAUCAUCAUCUACCUCGCCGCCAAGCGUUGGCCCAGGUCCCCCGUCCGCUACCUCAUGGCACCCCUCAUAUUCGGCGGAGCCGGGUCCAUCCCCCCGGCCACGCCCCUUAACUACCUCUCCUGGGGCGUCGUGGGCUUCGUCUUCCAGUUCUGGAUCAAGAAAAGGCACUUUCGAUGGUGGACAAGGCUCAACUUCCUCACCUCAUCGGCGCUCGACCUCGGCCUCGCCCUGGCUACGCUCUUCAUCUUCUUCGCUUUUACACUGCACGGCGUCGAGCCGCCUAGCUGGUGGGGGAACAAUGUCGUGUCUACCACCAUGGAUGUCCAGGGCACAGCAAUCCAAGCGCACGUGGCCCAGGGGGAACGCUUUGGCCCUGAGAGCUGGUGA